AACCAAACACCACUUUAAGAUUAUUAUUAUAAUCUAUCUAUAAUGUUUUCCUCCUGAAACUGUUUCUAUUAUUAAUUAUUUUUUCCCAACGAUUGAUUGAUUAUCAGUUCUUCUCGUCGAGCAGAGCUAGAGCUGCUGUUGCUGUUGCUGUUGCUGCUGCUAAGUGCUGAUUGGAUUCGUGGGGUCAGAGAAUGAAACCCGCCGGCGAUUCUGUGAGAUGGGUUAGUCUCACAUUCGCCGUUUACGUCCUCCACCGACUAAGCUUCAAUUCGGUGUUCGGCCAAUGCGAACUCAGUAUCACCGACAGCAAUAAACUCUAUAACUACACUCUAGCCUCCCCAAUCCCUAACUUCCCCCAUGGAGUCCUCAGUGAAGAUGGAUUCUACAAGGUUGCAGCAAACGAGACAAUACUUUGGUUUCAGCUUUGUGAUUCAAUGGUUUUCAACCAUGAGCAACCUCGAUGUUUUGGCUGCAAGGAUUGUGGAGGAACGUCACACUGUGGCAUGUUUUGUAGCGCCCUCGUGGUUAACAAGAUUGAAGGUUAUCCCGUCUGUACCACCAUUGGUCAUACCUCAAGUAUGACUAUUGAUGUUGUUGACAAAAAGAAUCCCCGCACUGGUGUCUCAGUUAGAAUGUCAAGUACUAGUUCUGGAAACAACUGCUCACUCACUGUCUCCGUAAUAUGCGACCUCGAUGGAGUUCAGGGACCUGGUGCACUGGAGAAAGUUGGAAGAUGUGAUUAUGCUACAUCUUUAAGGCAUCCAUCUGGUUGUGCAAAGAUAAUAUCAAUAAAUGGAAACAGAUUGGGCUGGUUUGGUUCCUUAAUGACCGUAAUUGUGUGCCUCUUUGGAGCUUAUCUACUGGCAGGUGUUGUUUAUCGACACUACUACCUCAGGAUUCGUGGUAUAGAUGUUAUACCCAACUUGGAAUUCUGGACCAGCUUGCCACAUAGAGUGCAGGGUAUGUUUACCUGGAUCGUAUGUAAGUUUAGAGAACAUACUGAAAGUUACAGAAGCUCUUAUUCUGCUGUCCACUUCUGACUAGUUCAUUAGCUUGGCUUCCAGUUUUGAAAUUAUGAGCAAAUAUUGAAAUUCAUUUGUUCUUUGACGUUGGUGUGGCGAAAUCAGUGUUGUAACAAUUGAUUAAUGUGAUUGUGAAUUCUCUAUGAAACAAAUGUAUAGUCAGAAUUAUUGUUCUGAACAAGGUUUGAUUUAUUGGAUUUUCAUUUUUAUAAGUUUC